UGGUCGGGUCAGGUCAACUCGAUCCGAAACGGGUCAAUAAUCCGGAAAUGUAGUCUUGUGUAGUCAAAUGAAAAAUGCCGUCAUCAUACAUGAGAAGAGACAGCCUAUGGGAGACCCAGCUGGAGUAUAGAGAAACUGAACCCGGGCAGAGGACAUGACUUCUCGCUGCAAAAUGUCACUGUGGACACACAAGCCGGUGGCUGUGUAACUAACGUUGGUAGCAGAGCAGACACUGUAGCCUGCUAACAUUAGCAGCGACUGGUGUUGCAUACAAGAGCAGAGCCGGGGAAUAAUGGGAGCCAGAGGUGGAGGUGCAGGCAACACUGGAGCCGCUGUGUAGCUCACACAGAGAUGUGCUGUGAAUGUAACACCGAUGGAAAUACAAGGGUGGCUCGAAUAGCAAACGUUAACUAGCCAGCCAAUGCUGCAGCUUGAUGUGAGCUUUAUUUCCUUUCACGGUGCGAGCCCUACCGACUCGUUGAGAACGGCAUGCGAGAGGUGAGUGAGACUGGACACAGCUGCUAACGUGUGCCAAUGGCUUCGGCCAGGACUGCUCAUGAAUGAGAAAAAAAAACGUCACCGCUGCUGCUCUGCGUUAGCCAGCUAGUUAGCUAACAGCAUGUCGGCAUAACGGUUUAUCUUGCUAUAAAAGACACUCUUCGUGCCCUGAUGCUCAGAAACCAACGUAGAGAGGAUAAACACCGGCUAUGCCUCUACUCCAUUUAACGUCCACUGUGCUCUCUGUUUUAAUUCAGCUAACGUAUAGCCGAUAGUUUGGUGUCAGCUAGCUUCAAAGAAGAAUGUAGCUAGCUAUAGCGUAACAGCUCGGUUUCAUCUCAACAGACAAGACAGCUGCACCGCUCGUGACCUGCUGUUUGCAAUGUGCACACUUGCAUCAGCUGAAAGUUAAUAGUAUGUAGUGUUAGCAAUGUAAGAGGCCUCUCCGGCCAGUCCUCAUUGCCUUUCUACAGUGUAGUCAAGUGAAGCAUUAGCCGAAUAGUAACGUUACGCUGCCUGAUGCCUCGGUAGGUGCCUACUGCAGGCUCCUCUGGAUCAUCCUACCAGUCAGUUCCACGUUGUCUGACGGAAGGAGGAGGCGGUUAAGGAAGAAUAGAGUUUCAGCUGGUAACAUUUGUGAGAAGAGCAACAGUUCCCUCCCUCUGCCCAUCCUCCCUCUCUGUUCAGUCAGCAAAGCUUAACUUACUACAGUCGAAAGGGAGGCAUGACAGAUCUGUAUAGGCUGCUCCGAGUUCAGGUAACGUUACGGGUUGCCCUUCGUGGAAUUGAGUUUGACACUCCUGCUGUACAGUAUUGGAAGAAAAAACAGAAGGAUGUUGGCUGAAGGGUAAUAUCCAAGGAGUCACAUUCCCUCAACCCAAAGUGACCCCCCUCCCUUUUUUUACUACACUGCACUUUUGCAACUUCCCCUUGCUUGACUUUAUGUGACCUGUCUUAGGUCCUUUCUGUAUGGGAUUUCAUGGAAUGCAUGCAUUCCACAGUAGGAUUAUGUGAAUUAAUUUUAAAUUGGACAAUCCUCCUCCUGAUACCCUCCUGACUAAAAGAUAGGAUGAGUCAAAUUUGAAGAAAUUACAAUGUGAUCGGAGAUCGACUUCCUGCCCAUCUGAGAUUGCCACCUCAGAUUCUCCCUCUGGUUCCAACACUUGUUCCCUACCUGCAGCCUUUUCCACGACCCCAUCCCUUUUCUAGUGUCAUUGGGCCAUGGUUCGCAAGAAAGGUUCUCUUAUACUAUGCGGUGCUUUCCUGUUUGUCGCCUGGAAUGCUUUGCUUCUACUUUAUCUUUGGGGUCGUCCUCCCAUCGGCCGCCUCGGAGAAGGUGGUGGAGCAGAACCAGGAGGACAGGAGGAGUGGGGCGUGGGCAAAGGGAAAGGAGGCCGGGUCAACCUGGCUGGGGAGGUGAUCCGACUGGCAGAGGAGGUUGAAGUUCAGCUUGAGACCCAGAAAAAGCUACUGAAGCAGAUUGAAAGUCACAGGGCAGUGUGGGCUCGGCAGAAAGAAGUCGGGAAAAGAGAAACUGAGGAUAAAAAAGAUGUCAAACAAGUGGUUGUCCACCAGCCACAGAAGCCUUCGCCUCCUCCAAAAGACAGUGUGGAUGAUCGGGACCAAAAUCAAAUAAAGCCUACACAGAAGCCUGUUCAUACAGUAACUUCAGACUCCAAGUUAGAACAGCUUCAGGGCACUGAAAAAAAGGAAGAGAUUGGUGUGAACAAUGAACUGGCGACUUCGGUUGCCAGCCCAGAUGUCAUCAUACCCAUCCUAGUUAUUGCUUGCGACCGAGUGACGGUAAAACGGAGCCUCGACAGACUGAUACAAUACCGCCCUUCUCCAGAACAAUAUCCGAUCAUUGUCAGCCAAGACUGCGGCCACGCCGAGACAGCUCGUGUGAUCAGUUCUUAUGGCGAUCAAGUGAGGCAUAUAAGACAACCGGACCUGUCGGACAUCAGAGUUCGGCCAGAGCACAGGAAGUUCCAGGGCUACUACAAAAUUGCUCGACAUUACCACUGGGCACUCAACCAAGUGUUCUACAAGUUCUUCCAGUCUACUGUGGUCAUAGUGGAGGAUGACCUGGAGGUGGCUCCAGACUUCUUUGAGUAUUUCCGAGCCCUGUACCCCAUCCUGCGCGCUGACCCCACCCUGUGGUGUGCUUCAGCCUGGAAUGAUAACGGCAGAGAGGCCUUGGUGGAUCCCUCCAAAGCCGAGCUCCUCUACAGAACGGACUUCUUCCCCGGUCUAGGCUGGAUGCUGCUGAAGGAGUUAUGGGAUGAACUGGAGCCCAAAUGGCCCUCGGCAUUCUGGGACGACUGGAUGCGUCAACCGGAGCAGCGUAAGGAGCGCUCCUGCAUCCGGCCCGAGAUCUCCCGGACUAUCACCUUUGGCCGCAAAGGCGUCAGUUUAGGUCAAUUCUUUGACCAGUACCUUCGCUACAUUAAGCUAAACACUGACUUUGUGCCUUUUACCAAACAGGAUUUGUCUUAUUUGCUAAAAGAGAAUUAUGAUGAAAAGUUUAUAAAAGAGAUGUACAGCGCCCCACUGGUGAAGAUUGAGGACCUGCAACAAGGGGGCAGCUUAAAAGGCCCUGGACCGUACCGGGUGCAGUACUCAAGCCGGGACAGUUUUAAAGUCUUUGCUCGAAAUCUGGGGGUGAUGGACGACUUGAAAUCUGGAGUUCCUCGUACAGGUUACAGGGGCGUAGUGGGAUUCCUGUUCCGGGGUCGGAGGGUGGUCCUGGCUCCACCAGAGGGCUGGACGCAGUAUGACGUCAGCUGGAGCUGAGGCACUGGUCCACACUGUACUAUGGGAUUGGUGUUGGAGAGGGGACACAGCCUUACUAAGAGGGACACCCUCUCAGACCAAAGAAUAUCAGCAGACUCAGUGGUUCAUGAAGGAAUGAAACCAGCACAGAUGGAGCUGCACAUCCAUGGAGCAUGGAGUGUUGAGCCAGGUCGCUUUGUUAGGGAAGCUUUUAAAAGAGGGUGUUCAUUCAGGAUCAGCAAGUUCAAAGGCCACACAGAAUUUACAGAGAGUGUAAAAUUGUUAGGAAAAGAAAGUUCCACCCUUAAACACAGUUUCAACAUAGCUAUUGGCAAUGUGCCUUGCUUUCUGGGCCCAUUUAGUUUGGUGUAUUUUUUUAUUCCUUUUGAAAAAGUGGCCAAAUGUAGACUUAAGAAGUUUGCAACAGCGGUAAAUGGAGUUUGGUAGCAUAAAAUCAUUUGAAUUGUGACCAGAAAGGGAUUGUUCCAGUGUCUGAGAUAAUACACUGGAGGCCAGACACAAGCAGAGUGAUCAUCUCUACAACUUGGGAGAAAAACAAUGUUCUGUAUAAAAUCUUCGGUAAUUUUUUUUACAUGUUGCAAAGUUUGGGAAAUUGAUCCAACUCGUCAGCUCAUGUUACCGUUUAAGUCUAUACACUAAUCAGAAGCAGGAAAAUGCUUGGCUUAUACAAUGUUUUUGGUGGUAAACCGAGUCCUAGCCUUGGUGGUUAACAUUAAAGAUGGAAGAGACAUCAACUUCCCAAAAGACAGUGAACUGAUCCAGGGCCAGCUAACUCUGUGUCACUGUCCUGCUGUGCUAUCUCCCGGAGCUCUGAGCAACUCAUCAGAUCUGUUCUGGGAAUGUUGAAGGAUCAUAAGACACCUAUAAGGUGGUGACAAACAAAAUAAUCAUUUUAAUUUACAUAGUAUGUUUCCAAAAACAAGUUUACAAUAAAUGGAAAUUAAACACAAAUUAGAAUAUGGUCAGUGCAGCCAUGAAAUAGAAACAUAGAUAAAAGACAAUGAGUACAAAUCUUUUGUUUUAUGCUUUUAUUCAUUUUUCUUAUUUUAUGAAUUGAGUUUUUAAAAGAGGACACUGAGGUAGCUUGUCUAGGCCUCCACCCUCUGUCUCCAGCCUCGUCCAUGCUCUGUUUGGACUGUAGUAGAGGAGACCUUUCUUGGCUGACGUAAAUUGUGUGUUUUGUUGCUUUACACCCGCCUGCCCACGUUUUUUUUCCCCUAGCUUACAGAUCACUUGGAAUAGUACAACGCAUUUCAUGAGCUGCUCAUCAGAAUCCUCUUUAUUGGCCAAGUAUGUGUACACAUACAUGAACAUUUGAAUUGCUUUGAGUUGCUUUCAAUGUACUAGACCUAGACAUAAAGUUAGAAACAAAGCUGAACAAAGAGAGGCACAAAUAAACAGAACUGUUAUACAAGUAGGUGCAAACUCAUUGGCUAAGUUCAUUGACUUGUCCGUGUUCCGGGAGAUAACAGCAGAACCAUGACAUGUGAUCAAACAGUCCUGAAUCCCAGCUACAGCUUCACUAGAUCAGAACUCACAGCGGACUACGUUUGUGUGGGGAACUUAGGGUAUAAUAGCCAGAAAGUAAAACCACUAAAACCCCCUGACACCCCUUACAAUGGAGUUGUUCCUGAACGAUAAGCACUGCUGUCCUUAGAUCAGUUCAUGAACUUAGCCUUGAAAGUGGUGUGAUGACCAUGCACAACACUAAAUCAAAGCAGAGCGAUGAUCUUGCAGUGUUAGGGGGGAGACACUACGGGCUAAACUUCACUUUUCAGUUUUUGGGCUAUUUUGCUAACAUGUCUUCUGUCAGACUAGUGGGGGAAAACCUCAAAUACGCAUUCAUGUGUUGAUUUGAUCACACUUAGUCUAUUUGGGUCUGUAGAUUUCUCCUAAAUUCAACAAAAGUCCGCAUUAGACAAUGACUCAUUUGCAUAUUUAAACAUUUCAGAAUACUUGUAAUACAAAAAUAAUUACUGUUUUAAUGAAAGUAAUCAACUGGGGCAGUUUUCAUGCUGAUAUAAAAUAUUUCACCCUAACCACCUGUACGGUCUUCAGAAUUUGGGAAUUUGACAAUCCAUAUCUUUUAAAAGCCGUUUUACUCUGAUCCAGAACUCUCCACUUCAGUAGCACUUCCAUACAAGCUUUUCACAUGUAUUCCUGUCUGUAUUCUGAAGGUUUUAACAGAGGGGUUUGUUCACAUAAUUAUAGCUUGAUUUAUGUAACAUUUUAUUCCUAAAAAUUUAGAUUUCUUUUUUCAUGGCUGUUGACAGUAUGUGAUUUGUGUGAUAAAAAGAUAUCCAAAAUCUGUAAAAACCUUUGACUCUAAUAGGUUAACAAAAUGAAACUAACAUUUUGAACCUGGCUUUAUGUUUAUGGAAAUGUGUGCAAAUUAGCUCAUAUUCAACUAGAUGUCUUAUUUGCAUAUUUCAACAUAACAUUUCAGAAAACGUAAUGUAAAAAAUGAUUUCACGCUGGUAUCCGAUGCUUCAAAUAUUUAUUUUUAGUGUCUCCAGUCUCCACUUCAACCUCUAUAUGCUUCCAAUGUAGUCGGUCAGAGCACAGUUAAAGCUAUGGUGCGUAGUUUCUGUCGCCCCUAUGAGGAAUUCUAAGUAAUGACAACAACACUGUCUGCGCAUCCAUGUGAU